AUGUUUCAACAGAAAAGGGCCAAAACUACCCCUCACCUAUGCAAAUUGGUAAUCAUUGCUGUUGGGAAGUUGGUUGCUGCUGACGCAGUUCCUAAGGCCUGGGGUCUUCCGUUUCCAAAGAUUGUGGAUCUGGCAUUGGUAUUUUCACAUUGGUCUCAACCAUGCUCCAGUACCAAUCUUGCAACAGUUCAAGUGGCUAUUUUUGGACUAGGGGCUGUAGGCCUUGCUGUGAGUAUUCUUCGGGCUGUAGGCCUUGCUGCUGCAGAAGGAGCAAGAAUUGUUGGUGCUUCAAGGAUAAUUGGUGUUGAUUUAAAUGCUAGCAGAUUUGAGCAAGCUAAGAAAUUUGGUGUGACACAGUUUGUGAACCCAAAGGAUUAUAGUAAACCAGUUCAAGAGGUAAUUGCUGAGAUGACUGAUGGUGGAGUCGAUAGGAGUGUGGAAUGUACUGGCCAUAUUGAUACUAUGAUUCCAGCAUUUGAAUGUGUCCAUGAUGGGUGGGGAGUGGCUGUACUUCUUGGUGUACCCCAUAAGGAAGCUUUGUUCAAGACAUACCCUAUGAACUUUCUGAAUGAAAGGACUCUCAAAGAAACCUUCUUUGGAAACUACAAACCUAGUUCGGAUAUUCCUUCUGUUGUUGAGAAAUACUUG